AUCAGAGAUGGCAAUUCAAUCCAUUGGGAGGCAUUAAUUCACAUCUCCAGAUCUAUCCAAUUGGAUUUGAGAGAACGCGCAUGUAACUUUCUUCUCCCACUAUAUAUUAUUCUCUUUCAUACUUCUCUCACUCUUCAGUCCAAUCCACAGGUUGGAAUACUGCUGCUGUUUCAUCAUUCUUCUCGCCUAGUGCCCCGCCAGUGUCCCGCGCUUUCAGGAGCUCAUUCUUUCCUUGUUACAACCCCUCCUGGCUCUGGCAUUGCUGCCACCAGCAGUGUUGCCCUCGAGGAUUCUUACCUCUAUUAUUCAUUAAUGUUUCACAUCGCAGUCCUACAACAAUGGCCACGAGAAUCGAUACUGCGACCGUUACGAGUGCAGAAGUUCGCGCUGCGGGCCCAAUCAAAAGAUCAGGCAAUUCUCAUGUGAAUCUCAAUGGCUUCUCUACGCCACAACCUCUCGCCCCAAUACGCACACAUACAAAAAAGAAAUACAGACAUGUUGCAGCUGUUCAUUCAAAGCCACGGACUUCAUGUCUCAGUCACGAUGCCGAUUCGACUCCAAGCUUCUUGGGUUUCAGGAAUUUAAUGGUCAUCGUUCUAAUUGUUGGCAACUUGCGAUUGAUGAUUGAGAACUUCAAGAAGUAUGGAGUUCUUAUUUGCAUACGAUGCCACGAUUACCAGCGACAAGACCUUAUUCUCGGUGCGGCUCUAUUCUUCAUCAUACCGUGUCACCUCUUCCUUGCCUAUGUAGUCGAAUUAGUUGCUGCACAGCAAGCCAGAAGAUCGUUAAGAGGAGGCAAGAAGCGAUCAGGAACAGCAACACCAGGAGGAAGUUAUGUACCAUCCGAUGAGGAGAAACAAAACUUCCAUUCUACAUGGGUUUUGAUUGCCUGGGUCCACGGCAUCAAUGCAACGCUAUGCUUGCUCAUAACCUCGGUCAUUGUCUACUUCUUCAUACACCAUCCUUUGAUUGGGACAUUGAGCGAAGUUCAUGCAAUCAUUGUGUGGUUGAAGACGGCUUCAUAUGCAUUCACGAACCGAGACCUUCGACACUCCUACCUCCACCCCUCGAACCGAGAAGAGGAUAUUUUACCUGAGAUAUACCAGCAAUGCCCAUAUCCACACAACAUCACUCUGGGAAAUUUGACUUACUUCUGGUGGGCUCCAACAUUGGUCUACCAACCGGUAUAUCCGAGGACCACCAAGAUCAGAUGGGUCUUUGUGGCAAAACGUAUGGCUGAAGUCUUUGGACUGAACGCAUUCAUGUGGAUAGCAAGCGCGCAAUACGCUGCUCCCGUGCUACGAAACUCUUUGGACAAGAUCGCCACUCUUGACCUGCCUUCCAUCUUGGAAAGACUCAUGAAGCUAUCAACUAUCAGCCUAGUCAUCUGGCUCGCGGGAUUCUUCGCCUUGUUUCAAUCGUUCUUGAAUGCUUUGGCAGAGGUCAUGAAAUUUGGAGACCGUGAGUUCUAUUCGGAUUGGUGGAACAGUCCUAGCGUUGGAGUUUAUUGGAGGACUUGGAAUAAGCCUGUCUACCAAUUCAUGAAACGGCACGUUUUCUCACCUCUUGUCGGCAGAGGGUGGAGUUCAGGUGCUGCUAGCGUUUUUGUGUUUCUGUUCUCAGCGGUUCUCCAUGAAUUGCUGGUUGGGGUGCCGACUCAUAAUAUAAUAGGCGUCGCUUUCAUUGGCAUGCUCGCUCAGCUGCCGCUGAUUGCUAUCACGGCACCUUUGGAAAAGAUGAAAGGAAUCAAUGGCCGCAUCAUUGGAAAUUGUAUAUUUUGGGUCUCUUUUACCCUUAUUGGCCAGCCCCUGGCCGCUUUGCUGUAUUUCUUCGCCUGGCAAGCAAAGUACGGCUCUGUAAGUAAGAUUGUAAAGACGUAGAUACUCGUUGAUAAACCGUACAAUACGAUUAUUCUUUGG